CGCUUAUGGCUGAGUUUCGUUUUUCGCAGUUUUUCCAAGCGUGUUGACGCGAGGUCGUGAUUGAGGCUGAAAUGUAUGCUGUGCAGCAGUGUUCUUCUCAAAAGACCUGCUUAAUUUAGUUGCAGACGUUUAGGAGUUGAAAUGUUGUCCCCAUACGCUACUGUCUCACUUAAAAGGUGCUACUGUUCGUCAUUGAUGAGGUAGCUUGUGACGGUGCGAUGGAAGCCGGCUCUGAAAAGCAGCCGCUGCCGUCGACUUCCACUGCUAACUUUGAGUGCAACCAAGCGCACGACCCUAACUACGAUGAUUCUUCGUCGCAAACAGCUUCCGAAGCGAUGGAAUGGUUGUCGCCGACAGACGCCAGAAGCCAAGAGCAAGGCAGCGAGGACCCCGACGACAUCGGAGAGUUCUUUUUUGAAUCGGACCACCUGGCGCUGCGCGGCAAUUCGGACUAUCGCAACAUGCUGAAGACGCUCGCCGUGCUCGAAGCGCAGCGGGUGCAGGUCAUACAAGACAUUGAAAAGCUCAUUGAAGUCCGCGAAGAUGCUCUGGCGGACCCAGUCAGAUUCGUCGAGAGACUCCAGAAGAAGGAAGACCUUGGCAUUCCUCUUCCGCAACUGGUUGCCCCGUUGCCAAACAUUGACUGGAGCCAGUACAGUCUCAUGGGCAUCCAGCAAGGAAUUGAGGGAAAGCGUCAGCUGACGAGGCACGCAGCCAAGGUCGAGCCCAGACAUGCGGCAACAUCUCGGGCUCAAAGCCAAGGGUCAGGCAGCAAUGCCAGCAGCAACGUUCUGAUCAGAGGACGUGUCUUCAACGAGAACAAGCCUGCGACGUUCAACCAGCUGUGGACGGCAGAGGAACAGAAGCGACUCGAAGAUCUGCUCAUCAAGUAUCCGCCGGAGGAAGUGGAAAGCAGGCGGUGGGAAAAGAUUGCAAACGCUCUAGGAAAUCGGACUCCGACCCAGGUUGCUAGCCGCGUACAGAAGUACUUCAUCAAGCUGGCCAAGGCUGGCCUGCCUGUACCUGGCAGGAUACCAAAUGUCGCAGCACCACGCAGGAUAGGCUCUGGGCACUACCGGAGGGGCUACCACAAUCAUGGCCCUCAGAGGUCAUCAGUCUACAUGUACUCCCACUCAACAUUCUUUGCCUCUCACAGACCACCAGUCUUCAUGUCAGAAGCGGACGACGACUCUGGCUCUUCGUCUUGGGGGUACCUGGAGAUGCCGAACGGAAGCCAGGAUAAGUCUGAAGCGGCACGUGCGAAGGACGACGACGACGACGUGCAGGUUGAUGCCGCCGUAAAGGAGUCCCCGGAGUACCAGGAACUCAUGGCUCUCAGGAAGGUCCGCGAGGAACGGAUGAAACGGGCUGGACUUGCGCAGCAUGUGGGAUUCCGCUGCGACCGGUGCGAGUGCGAUCCCAUUGUGGGCACCAGGUGGCACUGCACCGACUGCCCCGCAGACGCCUCCACAGACUUUUGCAGCGACUGUGUCGACUGCAUGCACGAGACGGCGACUCACAAGGAGGACCACCACUUGGAGGCCGUUCACGUCGCACAAGACAGCUCAACAUUCCAUGACAGGGACUAUAUGAGCUUUACGGGUGCCGAUUACAACUACCUUGACCCCAAUUACUUGCCUGGCUCCAGCUGACCACUGAAGACUGUGAUUGCAGACUGCGGUGUGGCGCUACAGUGUGCAUUAAACUAUAGCAUGUGUGA